GCGUUGCUCGACUUUAGCGAGUGUUGUAGCCUUAAAAUCAAGAAAUCAAACUACUAUAAAAGUGAAAUAAGUUAAUUUUCGAAAGAAAAUUUAUCUAUUCUGAACGCAACCAACAAAAUAAAACAAAAAUAAAUUCAAAAGGCUUCAGCAAAAUCAAUUGAAAAUUCUGCCCCAAAAUGCCUCAAGUUAUUGAACAAUUCACGAAGCUCCCGACGGCUCUUGGCUGCUCACCAAAAUUACGCCCAUCUAUUACCAACCAGAUUCGCGGAACUUCCAUCGUUAACGGAAAUGUUGCUCAACUGUCGCCGAAGAUCCGCAUGUUUGUCGAAGAAUCUGUGGCUCUUUGCAAACCCGACCGCAUCCAUAUUGUCGACGGUGGUGAAGAAGAAAGUGCUAUUCUGCUGAAUACUCUGCAGCGUCUCGGAACCAUCCAAUCGCUACCGAAAUACGAAAACUGCUGGCUGGCCCGUACUAAUCCCGCUGAUGUGGCUCGCGUUGAAUCCAAGACCUUUAUCUGUACCGAACGCCCCGAACAAGCCAUUCCAACUCCGAAGGAAGGCGUAAAAGGAACCCUUGGUAAUUGGAUUUCACCCGAUGAUUAUGAUACUGCCAUUCGAUCGCGUUUCCCGGGAUGUAUGCAGGGACGCACCAUGUACGUUGUUCCGUUUUCGAUGGGACCGAUCGAUUCUCCACUGUCCAAGUUCGGUAUCGAAAUCACCGACUCGGCUUACGUUGUCUGUUCUAUGCGCAUCAUGACGCGUAUGGGAUUACCAGUGCUAGAAAAGCUUGCUGAUAACUCGGAUUUCAUUAAGUGCUUGCACUCAGUAGGAACCCCAAUUAGCGGUAAACUAACUAUGCCUUCCUGGCCGUGUGACCCGGAACGUACUAUUAUCCUGCACAAACCAGCGAAAAAUGAGAUCGUAUCCUACGGUUCUGGCUAUGGAGGCAACUCGUUGCUUGGCAAGAAAUGUUUCGCCCUCCGCAUCGGUUCCACGAUUGCACAGCGUGAAGGAUGGCUUGCCGAACAUAUGCUGAUUCUUGGUGUCACCGAUCCAAAUGGAGUGAAGAAAUACAUCGCUGCCGCCUUCCCGUCUGCCUGCGGUAAAACCAAUUUAGCUAUGAUGAAUCCAACCCUACCGGGAUAUAAGAUGGAAUGUGUCGGAGACGAUAUCGCUUGGAUGAAGUUCGACUCCAAAGGACAACUUCGUGCUAUCAACCCAGAGAAUGGCUUCUUCGGAGUGGCCCCUGGAACUUCCAUGGAAACCAAUCCGAACGCUAUGCAGACUGUUUACAAGAACACAAUCUUCACCAACGUAGCGACCACCUCCGAUGGUGGUGUCUUCUGGGAAGGUAUGGAGAAAGAAGUUGCCCCAGGAGUAGAGAUCACAGACUGGCUGGGUCAACCAUGGAAGCUGGGUGAAUCCAAAACUCCUGCUGCUCACCCGAACUCCAGAUUUUGUGCACCUGCUGGUCAAUGUCCCAUUAUCGACCCAGCCUGGGAGGACAACGAAGGUGUUCCAAUCUCGGCUAUUUUGUUUGGAGGACGUCGCCCGGAAGGAGUUCCACUGGUCUAUGAAGCCAAUUCGUGGGCUCAUGGAGUAUUCAUAGGAUCUGCAAUGCGCAGUGAAACGACCGCAGCUGCCGAACACAAAGGCAAAGUUAUUAUGCACGAUCCUUUUGCAAUGCGACCAUUCUUCGGAUACAACUUCGGUGAUUACAUCAAGCACUGGCUAAGCAUGGAACAACGUGCCAGCAAGGUUGGCGGACACAUGCCAAAAAUCUUCCAUAUCAAUUGGUUCCGCAAGGAUGCCAACGGUAAAUUCCUCUGGCCUGGAUUUGGUGAGAACUGUCGCGUCAUCGAUUGGAUUCUACAGCGCGUGGAUGAGCACGAUUGCUACCAGGACAGCCCAAUCGGUCGCAUUCCGGCCCCGGGAGCAAUCAACCUGGACGGGUUGAGAAGUGCAGUAAACGAGGAUGAACUGUUCCGCAUUCCGAAGGACUUCUGGAUCAAGGAGGUCGAGGAUAUCAAACAGUACUACGAGAACCAGUUGCCACAUGAUUUACCCAGCGAGAUCGCGCAGCAGCUGGCGGAUCUGAAGAGCCGCCUGGAGCGGAAGUGAAUUUGUUCAUAGGUUUAGGUUAGUUUGUAUUCAUUUAUUGGUUAGUUUCUGGCAUGCCCUUUUUUAUGGUUCUACUUCUAAUUUUAACAGUUAAUGAAGCCUU